AAUUGUUUUCGCUUCUGCACCGUAACUCCGUUUGAUAACCUUAGGAAAAAUAAAACAGUAGCUGAAAACAAUAAUACAACAACAAAAUGUCCCGUUACCUGUAAAAUUAUUUUUAAGGAAUAUUACUAGAACCGAUUAAUCUGAUAUUACGGUAAGGAAGAGCGUUACCAUGGAAUUUACGGAAAUGCAUCCAGAAAGCAGCAGUGGACGGUCCAGGAAACGCAGCAGACGAGGAUAUUUUUCACACACAAACUGUCAACGUGCAGCAUGAAGAUCUCAAACAUCUAAUCUGAAAUCUUGGGCAGACUACAGUCAUCACCAAGAUACUUUCCCCUGAGGACAACAGACAGGAUGUUUAUGGACAAAGGGACAAACUGGAGAGAAGAAAACCUUAAACUUUGGAAUAAUUAAGGAAAACCACCAGUUUAUGACUAUGUGAAUGGACAAGUUAUGAAAUUAGUGCUUCCAGAUUUCUGCAGUGUGUUGAACUCCAGUAUGUAGGAGGUGAAUAUAGACCAAAUAGACUUGUGUCACCAUCAAUUACCUGCGUUUUCCAAGCAUAAAGAAAAACAGCCAGAAGCAAGAAAGUGAAAAGACGGCUUGAUAGUUUGCAGGAUCAGGUCCCUGAAGAUGUUGCAGGUUGGAAACUACUCGCUGGUGCUGCUGAUCCAACUGACACUGUUGGCCUAUGACCUCUUCGUCAACUCCUUCAGUGAACUUCUGAGGACAGCGCCUGUCAUCCAACUAGUUCUUUUCAUCAUCCAGGACAUUGCCAUCUUGUUCAAUGUGAUCAUCAUUCUGCUGAUGAUGUUCAACACCUACGUGUUCCAGGUCGGCCUGGUUUCCCUGCUGCUGGAGAGGUUCAGGGCUCUGCUGAUGUUUUCUGCUCUUUAUCUGACGCUCAGCAUCUGCUUCCACAGCUGGGUGCUGAACCUUCGAUGGUUUGACUCAAACCGUUUUGUUUGGACAGAUGGCCUUCAGUCUCUUUUUGUUUUCCAGAGAACAGCGGCAGUGUUGUAUUACUACUUAUACAAACGAACAGCAGAGUAUAUGGCAGAUCCGAGGCUGUAUGAGGACUCCCUGUGGCUGCGGGACGCCUUCGCCAGAUAUCGUCAGUGAAGAAGAAACCGUUUUGAGAGAGGACAGGAUCUGCUUAGAAUGGCCCCUCUGACCUUAUAACACAUGGCAUCAUCAUCAGCUGUUCAUUUACCAAUUUGUGUUUACUGGCUUUUUGUAGCCAAGCAGGCAGUUGCUUACAUGGUUUACAGUGGCAGGUGAGCAAACCAUAGUAGUAUUGUAUAAAUCAGAUGUGUCUGGUAAACUAUGUGGCCUUUGUAAAUCAAUUUGAGUUGCAGACAGACUGCAAAGUGUUAAAAGUUUAGGGAGAAACUGUUGCAGAUAGCAUGUUUGUUUUUAUCCGUACCAAUGUACCAUUUGUAGAACAUGUUGUUAUAGUUUUGUUGGAAAGGUUCUGUUAUUCCCCCUCAAAGGAGGAAACCUGUUGGUUUACUUUGCCUUAUGUGAGGUUAUUAUAUGCUGUUUACAUGGUUAAUGUCAUAUUAAUAAGCCAAUUUUCAUGUGAAUCAGCUGUCUUUGAGUGGGGAUCUUUGAAUCGUGUUCCUGCUGUUUUUAUUAAAUAAUCCUUCUCUAA